ACUUGGUCCAACUUGGGCCUUAGUGUUUGUUUUUUGAAAUUGAUUUGAAACGUUUUUAUUGCUUCAGAAAUAUGGAUUUAGGAAACGAUAACUUGGAUUUUGUGAAAUUGUUGAACGUUAAAGGCAAUGUUGAAAAUAUUACGCCGCACAAAAUAGCCGUUGUUGCUUUUAUUCGUGAAUAUGGAUUAUUAAAGAUUGAAGCUAAAGAAAUGGUAGACUGUACUAUGGCGCCAAAAUAUAGGAAGGAUUUUUGCUUGUUAGCACUGAAGUUAAUUCAGUGUCCAGACAUGGAGUUUAAGGAGUUGGAGGCACUUCUAACAGAUGGAAGAUACAACUUACUAAGUGUACACCUUCAGAAUUUCUGUGUUCGUCUGCAAAACAUCUACAUCAAUGGAAUAAAUGCUCUUAUGGACUGUGUUACAUCGGCUAUUGAUAAACUAAUGAUAGAACCAAAUGAAACUAAUCCAUGUGUGAUAACAAGAUGCAGUGUUUUAGGUUUCUACCUGAGGAGAAUAAUGCUUCACUUGGAUAAGCUAACUUUUGUUCAGGUGGUUUCUCUGUACAAAUCAUUUUGCUUAUAUUAUCAAAAAGGUAGACCUGGACUUAUGAUGAGAUCUUUAAGCAAAGAGAAACUCAAUAAAUUGGAGCCUCAGACUGCAACAUCUUCCACUGCUGCAAAUCCAGAGGAAUCCAAGCCACAUGAACACUCUGUGCGGAUGAAUAUUAUUGACAGAGAUAUUAGCUUUGAAGAAUGCCAGUGGUCUAGGAAGCAAGCUGAGCUGUUUACAGCACAACAAGCAAAUUUAUUGCAAAUAAAUGAGAUGAAGGCAAUGCCCCCAAAACAACUGCAGAAAACAAUAAUACAAGUGAUAAAUGACAUACCAGAUUAUCCAGAUAUACAUUUCCUAAGCUUUCUAAACUGCAUUAGAAUGAAAGAAUUUAGCGGCGCUCAGGACUCACUGUACAAUUGUUUCGACCGUUCAGUGUUCAGUGUGUCUGGAAGCAACACCGUCGUCAACGAUAGAAACAAAAACUUCCGGUACGCCGCUCUUAACAGAGCGGCUAUGCACACUCACUUUGGGCACAAGAGCGUAGCGAUGGAAGGAGUGCGCGAGGCGCUGUCGACGGCGCAGGAGGCAGGCGACGGCGCGUGCCUGGCGCACGCGGCGGCGUGGGGCGCGCUGGCCGGCGGGCGCGCGCGGCGCGCCGCGCUGCUGGGCCGCGAGCCGCGCGCGCCGCGCCCCGCCGCCGCCGCCGCGCAGCUCAUGGCGCAGCACGCCGCUGUCAACGCCGCCAAGCCCGCUGAAGUCUUCCAGUAUAUUACUAAAGGCGACUCAAUCAACUACCUACAUUCUAUGACGGACCUGACGAUGGCCAGCCUGGCAAACACGGCUGCGCUGUGGGCUCUCUACGGGAAGACGGAAAUGGCAUCUGUGAGCUGUCAACUACUUCUCAAUCUGAACACAAAGGUGCAGGUGGGCAGCCGCGGCGUGUGGCACUGGGCGGGGCGCGCGGGCGGCGGCGUGGCGCUGCCCGCCGGCGCCGCGCUGCCCGCCGCGCCGGCGCCGCCCGCCGCGCCGCCGCUGCACCACCACGCUGUGCGCACGCACGCGCAGCAAGCGCUCUUUGCUGGAAAAUGGGAAGAGGCCGAUCAAGUUAUAAGUCAGCUAGCAUCUUUCGAUAGAUGGGAGAGCCAGCUACUGAAGGCAGAGAUGUAUUUCCUCAAAGGAGACGCUACGGAAUCUCUGGAAUGCCUUCACGACAUACUAGACUUUUGCAAAACGGAAGACGACAGCAUGCACUUCAUAUCAUUACGGGUGCAAUCUAUGAUCCUGAUGUCCGAAGUUCAACAUAGUUUUAGCAAUAUUCAAUCAACAGACGUAUUGUUAUUGAAUGAAGCGUUAACAAUAGCAAAGAAGUAUCACCUGCAUUACUUGGCGGCAACGGCUGAAAUGCAUAUAGCGAACGUACAGUUGAGUGUGGGUUGUGCAAAAAGCGCCUUAACCUUGGCUAGAAAAAUAUUGCCUUCAAUAAUGGCUCAUGGAAGUGCAUAUGAUAUGGCAAGAGGUCUCCUGUUGUACACCAAAUGUCGUAUCGCAAAUGCUCCCCCCGCGGGCGAGCCACGAGUGCAGGUACUUCACUCUUGCUGUGAAGCUCUGGAAACUGUCAAGAAAAACUUUACGAAAAUCGGCGCACAAGCUCGAUUACUACAAACCUGGUAUCUACAGGCACAACUUUACAACGAUAUUGGGAACAUCGCAGCCAGAAACCAGUGCGCGUGGAUGUACAGACAACUUGAAACGCAAAAUCCAGUGGAACCGUCAAAUAUGUUACACAUUAUAUAUUAAAUAAUAGUUAGUUACAA